AUGGCACGGCAACGCUGCAGCUUGACAGUCCUCACCGUUCUCGUGUUCGCGUUGUCUUCUCAUUCGGUAACGCGCUCAUCGGCCACCGAAACUUACGAUGUGCUCUUUUACUCCGCCGGACCCUACACCCCGUGCGGCACGUCGGGUAACUUCUCCGCGGUCGGCGUGCAAGGCGCAUUAGAGCCGUACAAGGGAGAGGCGGCAUCGCCUAAAGGACAAGCGAUAUCGGGGCGAGUGACCAUUUACGAUGACUGCUACUUCGCGCUCUCAGAUCUCAGCAUCGGCACGGCCGUGGACGCGCCACUGUCCAUCUGGGCGGGUCCCAAGGACGUCGACCCCUACUCGCACGCCGCGCCCGUCGACCCCUACGCCGCCUCCUCCUUCCCCGCCUCCGCCGCCUCCGCCUUCGCACCGGCCAGCACCACAUUCAACCUCACGGCGACGUCGCUGAUGGCGGUGUUUCUGCAGGCGGGCGGACUCACCUGGGACGAGGCGCAGGUGCUUUACCUCUGCGCUGGGUCCGCCUCCGCGGGAAUCACGCGGAUCUACGCGCAGUUCGCGGUGGGCGGGCGGGAACACGCGGGCCCGCACGGCAAGACCGUGCGGUGGGUGCGGAAGACGGUCGGGGCGGCCGCGAGGGAGCAGCGCCUGCUCUUGCCGUCGCCCCCCGCUCGCCCGCCCCCUCCGCCCCCCAAGCCGCCUGCGCCGGGCAGCAGCGGGCCGUCCGUCGGGCUGACCAACUGCGUGGAGGCCGUGCCAGGGCGGCUGAACAUCAGCAGCGCUGGCAGCGGCGCCGGCGGCGGCGGCGGGGGGAAGGGGCCGGUGGUGGAGAUGGGGAUGGAAGCGCGCGUGGGCGAGGGGUCGUGGGUGGCGGUGGGCGUGUCGCGCAACCAGACGCGCUUCGCCAUGCUGCAGAGCGACGUGACGGUGGGCGGCGUGCUGGCGGGCGGCGGAGGGGUCUUUGCGCGCGACUACCACGUCACGGCCAAGCAGACGUGCCAGCAGGUCGCGGGCGGCUUUGUCGGCGUCACACUACUCUCCCCUUCCCCUUCCCCCAUGUCUCCCUCCGUUUCAUCCCCCCACCCUCCGCCCAUCUCGCCGCAGGACGCGCUGCUGGGCUCCUCCCCCACGUCCCUCAACGACGUGACCCUCGUCUCCGCGUCGCGCCGCGCUGACGUCACCUUCAUCCGCUUCACCAAGCCCGCGGCCACGGGGGACGACCGCUUCGACGCCAACCUGCUGCGCGCGCCGGGCCUCUCCGCGCUCUGGUGGGUCGUCUUCGCGGCGGGCCCGCUCGCCCCCGCGUCCAACGCCGCCGCGCCCACGCUGCUCUUCCACGACCCCGUGCUGGGGUACUUCUCUGGCGGCACGCGCAUCCCCUUCGCGCCGCCCGCGCCCAUCCGCACCUGCUCGCCCCUCUGGGGCACCAAGCCCGAGUACCACCCCCCGCUCCCCCCGUACGCUCCCCCGCCUCCGCCCGGAGCCGCUGCCCCGCCCCCGCCUGGCGCGGACGCGGCGGGGGGCGUGGCGGGGAUGCCGGGGCUGCGCGAGUGCAGCACGGCGGUGGGCGGGCAGGUCUACGCGUUCGACGCGUGCGACGCGCUGCCCGGCGGCUUCCUGCUGAUGUGGUCGCUCGCGGGCAUCACGCUGCGCGCCGCGUUCGUCGCGCAGGCCGUGCCCGACGGCGGGUACGCCGCCGUGGGCCUCUCGCCCUCCGGCGCCGUCGCCAACUCGAGCCUGCUCGUCGUCUCGUACGCGCACGCGGAGCGGGGUGCCGGGAAGGCCGCGGGCGCGGGGGCAGGCGGGGCGGAGGUGGAGGUGGGGCAGGUGGUGGUGCGCGCGGGUGCGCGGGGCGUGGGCGUGGAGGCGGUGGGGGGGGGGGAUCUGACGGUGGUGAGCAGCGUGGGGCAGGCGCGGAACGGCGCGCUGACGCUGCUCUUCUCGCUGCUGCUGCUGCCGAACCAGACGGCCGCGGCGUACCUCGUGUGGACCAAGGGGCAGCGCGCGCAGCUCUCACUCCCUGCUGCCAUUGCGGCCAACGACACGGGGGGGGUGCUGUCGCUCGAUGGGCUGGACGCGCUGAUGACGUCAGCCAUCAGCUUUGAACGCGGCAAGCCGAAAGACGACUCCAACGACACCAUCCGGCUGUGGAAGAUUCACGGCAUAAUCAGCACGGUGGCGUGGGCGUUCCUCAUGCCGCUGGGCGUGAUGGCAGCGCGCUACCUGCGUCAGGUGUACGCGCGCUGGUUCCCCGUGCACCAGGCGCUGCACCUGGCUGCCGCGUCGCUGGGCACGGUGGCAUUCACCAUGGCGCUCACCAUGCCGCACGGCGCCAUCCAGGGCCGCGCCGAUGAGGCGUCACGGGGGGCGUGCGUGGUGGCGCACACGGCCAUGGGCAUCACGCUCAUGGUCAUCGCCGCACUGCAGCUGUCAGCGCUGGUGUGGCGGCCGCACGAGGACAGCAAGUGGCGCCCGUACUGGCGGAGGGUGCACGCCGUGGGAGGCGCAGUGGCGCUGGUGCUGGGGCAGGCGCAGGUGCUGGUGGGGCUGUUCAUCUCCGCGGCCCCGCUCUUCUACACCGUGCUGCUGGCCGCCUGGCUCAUCUUUGCGCUGCUGCUCACCACCGCCCUCGAGCUCCACUUCUUCCCCACCUUCUACCGCCUCGCCCACUGCUGGGACCGCCUUCUGGGCCGCGACGCUGACGUGGCGUCUGACGUGGACAGCCUCUGCGCGUCCAGUGAGAGGCUGGCGGGUGGCGCGGCCAGGAAGGGGGCGGCGGCGGAGGGGGCAGGCGGCGAGGGGGGGAAGGGUGCAGCAGGGGGGUGGAUGGCGGGAGUGGUGGCGGUGCUGCGGCGCAGCAGGGGCGCCGGCAUGCUGCCUGAGCGGCCCAGGGGGCGAGGGAGGACGGCCAAAGGGGGGAAAGGUGAGGGGAGGCAAAGGGGAAGACGAGGGGUUGUGCAAGGGCGAGCGGGGGCGAGUGAGAGGGCGGGGAGAGGGGGCAGUGUGGGAGCGGGGCACAGCGGGUACAUGAGCAUGGCGGGCGCCAACGCUGCCACCGACCGCCGCUCCAAGGAGCUGCUGCCCGCUCUCCCACCCCCACACCCUCCCCCGCCCCUGCCACCCCCUGUGCUGUCGGCCCUGCCGCACUCAAAAGCACCUGCACCCCCCACCGCUGGUGGCGCUGCUGCUGCUGCUGGUGGCGGGAUUGGCACAGAGGGGGCAGGAGCUGAUGGGGGGAGAGCGAAGGGGGUGGAGGCACGGGCAGGGACGUUUGGCCAAAGCCAGACGGUGGCAGAGGGGGGUUGCAGAGAGGCUGGCGGCACUCUCGACCGUGGCGCUGCUGCUGCUGCUGCCGCUGCUGCCACUGCUGCCGCUGCUGCCACUGCUGCCGCUGCUGCCACUGCUGCCGCUGCUGCCACUGCUGCCGCUGCUGCCGCUGCUGCCACUGCUGCCGCUGCUGCUGCCACUAGUGACACUGUUGGUGGUGGCAGUAGUUCAGGUGCCAGCAGCCAACCACGAGGUGUGUGGGCGGGUGGAAUGGCAGCAUGGAAGGCGGAGGAGGCAGCGAGAGAGAGAAGGGGAGAGGGAGUGAGGGAGGGAGUGAGGGAGGGAGUGAGUGAGUACAUCCGCACGGACAAGUACAAUGUGCGGGCCACGGUGGUGAGGGCGCCCGACCUUGCUGUGCGAGGGAGAGCCGCCCGGCACGGUGGGGCAGGUGCAGCAGCAGGUGGGGUGGGGCCGGGCAGCACAGUGGGCAAGGCGGGUGAGUCAGCGCAAUAA